GGUGGCGGUAAUGUUGUUAUGGUGCCAAUCUUAUUGUAAAAUAGUCCGGUCAAAACUCUGUUCUGGGUUUGGUUCCGUUUCCCUUUGUCCGGUUUUCACACAAAAAAAUCGUCAGUGAGUUGAUGAUAGUUAUCUACCAUGCUAGUUACCUUUACUGCUUAUCGUACAUAUUUGGUAACAUUCCGGCAUGGACAAACGAGUCAAGAAGAGUACAGCCAGUACUGGUCCCCCACUUCCUCUCUCCUCUUUGCGACUAUUGGUUUCUCCCCUGCGGCUGAUGUAUUCCUUUGUAUGGCAUGUGGUGAAUCAACGAAAUGUGAUGCACUAUGGGAAGGUCGAGGAAUUUGUAACUGUGGUGACUGAAGCUGUUCCAAAGUUGCUGAGUUACAAACAGAGGGCUCAACUCAUCCUGGGCCUGAGAGCAAGGAUGAUCUUGGAGUUGUUCCACAAGGACCCACCCAACCUUCAGGACAUCCAACGUCUCCUGGCAAAGAUGAACAUCUUGGGGCAGCAAGAUGCAGAAGUGGAGGAGUCGCAGGCUAACUUUGUGGCGCUGGUCCAAACCCUGCUGAAAAACCCUUAUGAGAGGAAGCACUUCUUCCAGGAGGAGUUCCAUACACAGUAUGGCUCCAAGUAUGACACAGCACUGCAGGCCCUUGUGGGAGGCUUGGUCCUCAGACUGGAACGGCUGCUAUCUGUGCCAGAUCUCUCCCAGAUAGCGUCCAUUAUCAGUGCUGCCCCCUCUGACCUGGAGGAGUGUGGACAGUCUGUGUCUGACCCUGAGCACCUGAAGAUCCUCCUCCAGCACCAGAACCUGCUAAAUAAGAUUCAGUUUGUACCGGUCACGUCUUCUGUGGGUGACUGUGUGCUGUCCUCACUGUCCUUCCGCCUCGCUUGUGGAAGGCCAUCAAUGGAGCCAGAUCUUGACAAGCCAUCAGAAUCAUUAGAAGCCGCUCUAAGCCUCAUGAACCCUGCCUCCUUCAGUAACUUGGAGGAUCUGGGAAUGAUGUCAGAUGACUCUGACCAUGCUGGAGAAGAUAGUACUGUGGAGAGAGAAGAGGGUGCAGUGCGUGCCGGUGAAGAAGAGAAUGCACUUCCAGAGAGCGCCGUGGUCUGCUCUUGUCCUCAAGGUGUUAGCGGACUGGUGGGAGGGGCACCAUCAAAAGGUGCACCAACAGUAAGGAGUAUGUUGCAAACGAUGAGACAGCAACAGCUUGUAUCACUGAUGAAUACUUCCAUCACUGAAGCCUCUCCUUCACAGAUAGUCAUCCCUGCUACGGAUAACCAGCCAGCCGAGCUGACGAGUGUCGACCAGUGGGUCCCCCAUAUUGCCAGUUACACUUUAUCGCUCCAUUCCUUGCCACCCCUUCCACAAAACGAUAAUUUGGACAAGGAGAUGGAGUCGGCCGACACAGGUCUCGGGAGCAGUGUGGUGAUCGGUGGUCAGGAAACAGAGGUCGAUCUCUUUGAGAGUUCCAUUAUCCAAAGGAAGAGGGUGCAAAAGCCACUACGAGUAGCGUGCUCUAGAAAGAGAAACCCUGCAACCAACUCCUGCCAAGAGUGUGGGAAGCGUUUUCUGUCUCGGGGACGGCUGGAGGAUCACCUCCGCAUACACACCGGAGAGAAACCUUUCAAAUGCACCGAUUGUAGCAGAUUCUUCAGGACGUUGGCACUCCUGACCAACCAUAUGAAAAUUCACUCUGACGUGCGGCCCUUUAGCUGCGACGAGUGUGGCAAGUGCUUUCGGAGAAAGGUUGGCCUUCAGAAUCACCAUCGCGUCCACACGGAUGCGAGACCAUACAAAUGCACCAUCUGUGGAAAGGGUUUCACCCAAGUACAGUACUGCAAAAGACACAUGGAUUGUCAUACAAGUGAGAAUACCUAUUUCUGCACUCAUUGUCCGAAGAGUUUUCCAACCCAAUUCCAGCUGUCCGCCCACCAGCGCUGGCACACCACGGACCGCCCGUACGCCUGUGAGCAGUGUGGGUUGCGUUUCUUUAUGCCAAGCUUGUUAAAGAGACACAUGGGCUAUCACAUCGGGAACCGCCAGUUCCUGUGUGCCCAGUGCGGAAGGACCUUUGUCUACGAGUUUGACCUAAAGAGACACCAAAAAGACCAUGACCCCAGUCCCAAACUCCCCUGCCCUGUCUGCCAGAAGAUGUUUGGCAACAACAGCCUACUCCAGGCCCACGUACGCAGGCACUCUUCAGAGAAACCUUACAGAUGUGACAUAUGCGACAAGACCUUUAAAGACAGCGGGGGCCUCCGCAUACACAAGCGGGGGCUGCACUCGAACGAACGCCCUUACAGCUGCGACGAGUGUGGGAAGACUUACAAACUACACACGCACCUGAGGGAGCACAAGUUUAAACACACGGGGGAGGGCCACUCCUGUGGCCAGUGUGGAAAAGCCUUCAGGUACCUGCGUCUCCUGAAGUUGCACGAGCGGUCGCACUCCGAGCCAUCUGAGCUCACACGGCGAAACAGUCACACCAGCCGUCGCAGGAGACAUUCUUCCAAAAGGAAUUGAUUUUCUCACAUCUGCACACCCUUUACUGUGGCUACAGUAAUAUACAACUGUAUUCAACUUUGUCAAUUCCAUGUCAUUAGCUGUAGGGUUGUUAUGUAGGGCAGCCCAGGGUUCCUCUGUGUUGUCUUAGGAAUGCUGCAUUAUCCCACCAUUCCCCCAUUCUGUCACAUCGCUGUGGUGCAGAGGGGCAAUAUGAUGGGGGAUGGUGAGAUAUUUCACUUGAAUGGAGAAGAGGGUCUCUGCUGUUCAGGACUGCUGCUCACUGAGUUUAGUUUCCUCCGUCCCUCUGAUCAGACAUACUGGGACUAUACAUGCCCUUAUUACAUGAUACACAGCAUAUCAAGUACAUGUUCUAAUGUCAUUUCAAAUCAUGGGAUGACAUACAUGGUCUAUUUUGGGAGGUAGCAGCAUUGCUGUCCUAACAGCCAUGCAUACAAAACUGGUUGUGCGUCUGAAGGCUCCCAGAAAAUCUGUGGACCUGCAAUUCAUAUUGUGAAUCUGUGGAAGUGUGUUCAGUGAGGUGUGUUAGGUAAACCAGUGAAACAACCACUGUCAGGUGCAGUAUGCUCUCAUGAGAACGCGGUUUUUACCUGUUAACUUGGAUCAGGAUUGGGGAUCAAUUACAUUUGAAUUCAGGAUCUUUCUAAAAGAAAAUAAUUUAAGUUACUACCUGAAUUGACGGAAUUGAUAUGUCAUUGAAUCCAACCUUGGUUUGGAUACAGUCUCAUGGCAUCUCUCGCAGUAUAAUCAUCAGUGUUUGAUAGUCACAUGUACAGGGUUGCAGGUGUAAUUGCGGGGUACAGUGACAAUCUUAGGGUCCGAACUCCAACAGAGUGUAGUUCUUCAAUUUGUGCUUCUUGUUCUAUCGCAAUGUUCUUGUUUAAUUCAAAAGCUUAUAGGCUACAUUAAUUUGUGGUGUUUCUUUUGGACAUGAAACCGUCUCCAACAAGUGUGUGCCACACAUUUCCUGUUCUGCAACAUUUAUUUCCUGUAGCUGCCAUUUAAACCUUCAGAGAGAGAGAUGAUUUUCUUCUUCCAGAUGCAGCAUUACCCUUCUUGAAGGCACAUCAGAAAUUGUGUGAACAUAUGUGUUAUGGCUAUGCUGGAGUUGUCAUUUAUAUUUAUUUUUAUGAAUCAUGAGAUUUAUCUGGUGGAUGUCAGUUUGCCUCAUCAGUCUUUUGACAUCAACAAUAUUUUGUGGUAAGCAACACACUAAGUUAAUAUUGUUUUAAUAGUUAUAGCUAACAAGAUUGCAACAGAUGUCUGUCAUUUUUCUGGGUGAAAUAUUGGUUCACUCCAAAAUAUGAACUACUGACAAAUAUCUAUUUUUGAAUGUAUUUCACACUCUGGCAAACAAUAGUCCACAAAACUACACUUGCAGUCAACAAAACGAAGAAAACCUGUGCGCACACAUGCAUUAUUCUGGAAACUGUAAGCAUCUACCCGUGAGGGAAAUCUAAUAGGCUAGGUCAUACAUUGUUUAUUUGUGCAUGGCGAAAAAGAGCUACGGUACCCUACUGUACUGCAAUGCAGGUCCGAAAGAAUUCCAGCCGUCUUUUGAAAAUAUUUUUGUUUGUUAAACAGGAAUACGUUAUUUUUCAGAAUUGGAACAGAUUGCAUUUUGUUGAAUGUUGUUCUCCAACUCCCAAUCCCACAUCUUUUUUGUUUAAUCUCAUGUCAUUCCUCAUGCCUUGUGGUCCUAAGAGGAAGAGCAGUGAGUCUGAUAGUCAUUUAUUUUGAAAAGUAUGAAUUCCUAAUAAAUAACACUAUUACACAUGA